UCUCUUUUCUUGUUUAUCAACUUCGUUCAGUACCUGGACUCUCACCACUUGGGUUCGUAACUCAAACCCUCCCACUGUUUGGUCUUCCACCUGUCGUUUGCACCAUGUACAUCCAACGCAGUAUCUGGUCGCUCCAGUUCCUCCUCCUCGCAACAUAUGUGAGAGCUCAAAGCUCAAUCAAUAACUUGACACUAUCCUUCUCGGCCAACGACGGACAAGGUAACGUCACGUUCUCCACUGCCAGCGCGCCUUCGACCAUCGCAUGUUUCAACCUUGCCGACAUCUUCAACAACGACGGCAACGCAAGCAGCGCAUCUUCCUACGUGGUCUCCAACGCACAGAACUUCAACUCGCAGACCAACUACACGUCUCUGUUCUACCAACAGCUCAACACCAGCGUCAACGGCGACUCCAGCGGCAUCGGAACUGGCAAGGACGCCGCCAGAACUGUUGAGGUGUUCCCAGGAGAAGACUGUCGCGAGACGGGUGGGUUGUCAUGGUAUGGAUUCAGCUGUCAGAAUGAAGACGGAGAGAGAUAUGUCAUUCCCGGUGGUGUACAGAGCUUCUCCAUCGUGAGCAAAGCCGAGUCCGUCAAACAAGAACAUUGCUGGGUGUUGUCAGAGAGAGGAUCUGCCUCGAACAAUUUCAAGGGCUGCUUUGCAGCAGUGAUGGCUGCCGCUUUGACUGGUACGCUUCUGGUUUUGGGAUGAUAGAGGAGACAAGGGACCAUACAUGUAGAUGUUGGGAUAACAUCGGGCAUUGAGCCAACCCUUUAUGUGUUUCGUCGCGAAGAGCCUGUUUUUCACAACGUAUUGGCCUUUUACCAACAGUGCUAAGCUAAACACAUGCUAGGAUAACCAGAAAUGUCAUCGCGAUCAGUCACCAAUCUUGUUCUUGCGCGGAGACGUUCGAAAACAAUCGCACUAUACUCUUCAAUAGUUCAAAGAUUCACUCAGGCGCAGUCGCCUAGACGAGGAUCUGGAGAGCUUUGCAGUCAUCAAGUUU